AUGAACAAAAAUGUAUACAAUAAAGGUAUGAAUGACAAAUAUAAAAAUAAAUAUAGAACAUAUUACUAUAAAUAUUAUACAAAUCAAGUAAAAAAUAAAUACAUGGGGUUUUCAAAUAUAUAUAGAAACAAUAGUGCCAACAAAUAUUAUUAUGAGGCAUCAUGGCGGGAUAAUAAUAAUUACUAUAGAUAUAACAUGAAUGGUAAUGGGAAUAGGCACCAAAUACGAAACAAAAGAAAUCGAAGUUAUGAAAGUAUAAGUACUUCUAAAUAUAAAAAUAAAUAUAACAAAAAAUAUAAAGGUUAUGGCAUAAAUGAUCAUACCAUAAGAACAUAUAAUAAAAAUGGACGUAAAAGAAGUUGUUCUUCAACAAAAAAAUUAUAUGAUAAAGACCCAAAGCAUUAUAAAGUAUAUUUAGAUUCAAGAUAUAAUGAUGAUUAUCGAAAUAAAUAUAUAAAAAAUUAUAAUUUAUCAAAAAAAAGAACAUAUUAUUCCUAUAAAAAAAAAAUGUAUCAUGAUAGACGAUAUUAUGAUACACAUUUUGGUCAAGGUAAUAUAUUUUACAAUAAUGAAUAUUAUUUAUUUAAUGAUGGUACAACAUUAAAAAGGAAAAAAAUGUAUUAUGGUAGUAGUUUUAAAACUGAAUCAGGAAGUUAUAAUAAUACUGAUUUUGAAAAAAAAACAUUUAACAAAAGGAGGAUUUAUUCAAACAGACGUGAUAUGUAUGCUAUCCAUGAUGGAAAAAUUAGUAGUAAAGAUAACUAUAAUUAUUACUAUAAGAAAAAAUAUGAUAGGAAUAAAGGAAAUUAUUAUUUAUUAAAAAAAAAUCAUAAUAUAUCUUAUAAUUAUAGUAAUAAUAAAAUAAAUAGAAAAAGAAAAUAUAUUAUUGAUAGUAAAGAUGACAAUAGUCAAAGCAAGGAAUAUAAUAAAAGGUAUAGUACCUCCGAACGAAGUUUAUCUAAGUUUUCUCGGGGAUGUAGCUAUUAUGGUAAGGGGAAAACAAAAAAAUAUAAAGAAACAAAAAAUCGAGGUAGUAGCGAUUAUGAUAGCAGAAAACGGAUGAGCGAUGAAUCUCGAGGAAAUAGUUAUUCAUAUGAAUCAAGUAAUAAAAGUGAUAGAAAAAACAAAAAGGGAAAUAAACGACAUAGAACAGAAACAUCUAAAAGUAGUAGUCGAAAUAAUAGUGUUCGAAAACAAAAAAAAAAAAAAGUGAAUGAUAAUAAUAAUUAUUCUGAUGAUGAGAUUGUUCAUUUUAGUUGGGAAAAAGGAAUGAUUUUAAAUGAUCAUUAUAAAGUUAUGAAAAAAAUGGGUGAUGGAACAUUUGGAAGAGUUUUGUUGUGUCAGCAUAUUGUUAAUAAAAAAUAUUAUGCUGUAAAAGUUGUUCGAAAUGUAAAAAAAUAUACAAAAUCAGCAAAAAUUGAAGCUGAUAUAUUAAAAAAAAUUCAAAGUAAUGAUAUAAAAAAUAAUAAUAUAGUUCGAUAUCAUGGAAAAUUUAUGUAUUAUGACCAUAUGUGUUUAAUAUUUGAACCAUUAGGUCCAUCCCUUUAUGAGAUCAUUACAAAAAAUGAUUAUAAUGGUUUUCAUAUUGAAGAUAUAAAAUUAUAUUGUAUUGAAAUUUUAAAAGCAUUACAUUAUUUAAGAAAAAUAAAAUUAACACACACAGAUUUAAAACCUGAAAACAUUUUAUUAGAUGAUCCACUUUUUGAAAAAAAAGUUGUAACAGUUAAAAGAGUUACAGAUGGAAAAAGAAUUCAAAUAUAUAGAUCUAAAUCUAAGGGAAUAAAAAUAAUUGAUUUUGGAUGUGCUACAUUUAAAAGUGAUUAUCAUGGAUCUAUAAUUAAUACUAGACAAUAUAGAGCCCCAGAAGUUAUAUUAAAUUUAGGUUGGGAUGUAUCUAGUGAUAUGUGGAGUUUUGGAUGUAUAUUAGCAGAAUUAUAUACUGGUAAUUUAUUAUUUAAAACUCAUGAGCAUUUAGAACAUUUAGCACUUAUGGAAAGUAUUAUAGAACCUAUACCUAAAAAAAUGUUAUAUGAAGCUACAAAAACUAAUGGUUAUAAAUAUAUAGAUAAGAAUGAUUUAAGGUUGGCUUGGCCUGAAAGUGCAUCAAGUAUAGACUCAAUUAAACAUGUCAAAAAAUCUCUUCCUUUAUAUAAAAUUAUUAGACAUGAUUUAUUUUGUGACUUUCUAUAUACUAUAUUACGAAUUGAUCCAACUCGUCGGGCUUCCCCAAUUGAUUUAUUGAAACAUGAGUUUUUAGCAGGCAAUUACGAGGAUUACUAA